UUGCUUUCCGGAUGCAUUCGGAUUUUUUCGUCUUCUUGCCUCCAUUUUGUACCGACUCCGGGAUUUCCGGGAUUUCGUAGAACUGGGUUCGCUGGAGCCCAGUGGUCCACCGUUGAACAAUAUCGCCCUCGAUCAUUGGGCAGAAAUGUUAAUAGCAACAAGCGAUCCGGUUUCGUGAAUUUUUGACUUUAGUGCUUUCAUUUCACACUGUGAACUGUUUGGGAUAAGUUUGCAGAGUUGGCAUUCACCUUCAUUAUGACAGCGGACCACAGUCAACUCUCGCCCAACUAGUUAUUAUUAGUUACCAGUUUUUAUUCGGUGGCCGAUCAGACAGCGGAUCAUCGGCGAAAGAGCACCCGGUUACUGUUUAACAUUAAUGUUGUUUGGGACAAGAUCUCACGUCGAGACCGACAGAGUUUUUGUGCGGAUACCAAGUGCAGAAGAUUGAGGUGACUGUUGACUUGUCCAUAAUUCACCAGUAUGCCGAUUCCUCCUCCUCCCCCUCCGCCUGGACCUCCACCACCCCCCACCUUAAGCCAGGCGAACACCACACCUCCAAAACUCAGUCAAAAUGAAGUGAAAGGAAGGGGAGCUCUGCUGUCAGACAUCUGCAAAGGCACCAAACUAAAGAAGACCAGUGGGGUCAAUGACAGAAGUGCCCCUAUCAUUGAAAAGCCUGGAGGUGGAGGUGGAGGUGGAGGUGGAGGUCGAGGUGGUGGCGGUGGUGGUGGCGGAGGAGGAGGUGGUGGAGGAUUUGGAGGUGGUUCUGGGCCGAUGGCUAUGGGAGGGUUGUUCAGUGGAGGAGUGCCUAAACUACGACCAGUUGGAGACAGCUCUGUAGGACGGUCAGCGUUGCGGCCACCUGGCUCUCGCCCUGCAGUACCUCGUGUUGCGAGUCAUUCUGAACUGGACGGCUCCAGUCGUGGUGAUGGAGGUCGCUCCUCACCUCCUGAACAGACACGAAAUCACCGUCCCUCUCUGCCAGAUGUCUCCAAACCCACCAGCUCUGCAAAACCCACCAGCUCUGCUCCACCUCCACCUCCGCCAUUCAAUCGCGGUGGCAACCGCGGACCCUCUUCAGCCCAACAGAAUUCUGGGGCACAUAGUCGUGAGAAACCCCUUCCACCACCACCACCACCUGCAAGCAAGGGGCCUCCACCACCUCCAUCUUCUGCUCGUGAUGGGCAUCCUAAACAUCCCCCCCUUUCAUCUCGCUCCUCUUCAUCCUCCUCCUCUUCUUCAAACGCACCCCCACCCCCGCCUCCUUAUCGUCAGCCACCUUCUGCAAAUGGAGACCCUGCCCCUGAAUUGCCGCAGAGGCGAAACUCGCUGAACAAGAGAAGCCAUGCCAAUGCUAAUGUCCGUAGCCAGGCCCCUCCUCCUCCACCAUCUUCCCAGCAGAACAGACGACCCCCACCACCAGUACGCGAUCCAGUGGGCCGUAGCACAGCUCCUCAGGUUCCGCCUCCUGCAUCUCGUAAUGGGGUUCGGGAAACGCCACCCCCUCCACCCCCUUACCGUGGCAGCCCACAAACAUCUUCUGAACCCCCUAGUAGAGGAAAGCCCCCUCCUCUUUCCUCUACUGGACGUCAGUCUUCAGGACACACAUCUUUUCCUCCUCCUCCUCCUCCACCUGUCCGGAAUGGACAUACAUCAUCUGCCACCAGGUCUUUUUCUGAUGAUUUUGAGUCCAGGUACGACUUCCACCCUAUAGAGGACCUGCCCCCACCUGAAGAAUACAGACAUUUCCAGAAGACCUAUCCCAGCCAAAUCAACAAGGUGAGAGGUGCCCCUCCACUGCCUCCUGUUUUAGGAAGAUGAACGCCAUUCAGGGAAGAGAAGGACCUAAAAAGAUAACACAAACACACACAAAUAUGUACAUGCUGUAUACAGUACACACAAACAUUAAUUACACAUAAAAAUACAUCUAAUAAUGUGACAUCUUUCUUAGAGAAACGCUAUUAAUUCCUACAUGCUCUCUGAUUCAAACCACUCCAGAAUGCUGUACCUCUAGACCUGAAAACACUGUGCAAUAUUCCUGUGCUGCCUAGAAAAUGCACCUUCUGUUAUUGUGUCUGAUGACAGCGGCACAGUCAGAGUAGACAACUCCAGUUACCAUGAAGCUAGAUGUGUACAUUCCACCUGUUUCUUAUGACAACCAAAGAUUUUUAUUCAGUAAGAAAAUGUGUAGCACUUGUAGAUUACUGACGUCUAUGCAUAUCAGACUCAAAGUCUGUAUUUCUCUGGACAAUCAUUUUAUUGUCAUUUUUUAUUCUUACUUUAAUUAUAUUUUUUGCUUUACAAACCUAUCAGGAAUGAGGUCGUUUAAAUACUAAAAGUGUUUGCUUACACUACAAAGGCCAUGAAAUAACCUUGUUUCUUGUUCAGUGCACAGUUAUGUGUUUUCCUGGUCAGGCUACAGAAUCAGAGCCAAUAUUGUCAUAUAGUUUUAAGAGGAGAACUGAUUUUUAAAAAUAUUUUUAUUUUUAUCAGCUCUAUGUUGAAUCUAAACUACUUUAUAACUGACCAAAUAUACACUAAGUGCCAGCGGAUCUGUUUUUUUAAAACAGUGCCAUCUUUUGGCUCGUCUGUACCCUUUUUCCUGCUGGGUACCAAUGUUUUUGGGUUGUUUAUACAUUGCCUUUUUGUCAUUUUUGUUUUAAACCUAAGCUGAAUUUCAAGAAAAUAAAUUUCAGUAGAUUUUGUAUAAAACACUACAAGUUUUUCUAAUUGGCAAAUUUUAAUUAUGUUGCAUUGUAUUAUAUGAUAUAAAGUGACCAAGUGUGUUAAUAAUGUUCAGGCACUUCUGGCCGUUAAGUAUAGAAGCUACUAUUGGGAUUUGGUGACCAAUCAUUCUGACUUGUAAAUGUCAUUUUAUCUAUUUCUGAAUGUUAAAAUUUGUCAACAUAAUUGUGAAAUAAAAGGUGAGAAAGGGAA